AUGACAGAACCUAAUCCUGUAUUAUGCGUCAAUGAGGAUAUAGCCUCAACAAACAACACCGAGCAGCAAGAAACAACAACACCAACACCAACAACAACAGUUACAAACGAUGAAUCUAAUCAAGAAGCAACUGUUGCACCAGCCGAAGAAACUACUAAUGAAAAUGUUACUGAUGAAAAUAAAACGGAUGAAAAUAAAACGGAUGAGAAUAAGACUGAUGAAAAUAAGACUGAAGAAAAAAAACAAAUUCUAGAAACCUCAUCUAAUAUAAAUACAAAAGAAACAGAGUCUCAGUCUAAAGAACCAUCAAGUGAAAGACAAUUUCAAGAUGCUGAAAAGACAAUAGAAGAGGACGAAGACGUCUAUGAUGAUAAUGAUUCCGAAUAUGAAGAUGUCGACGAUGAAGGAGAAGAAGAAGAAAUUGAUGAGAAAAAUCCUUUACAGGUUUCAAAUAAAACACCAAAUCAAAGUGGCAAUGAAGAAGAUGAUGAACGUAUUAAUAUAAAACCUCGUCGUUUACCUAAAAAACAUGAUGAAAAUGAACACUCAGAAGGUUAUGAAGAUGAUGAUAAUCAAAAUAUACCAAAUAAUAAAGCGAAAUCAACUCGACGAACAGAAAAGAAAUCGGAAAAAAAUCUGGAACCACUUGAUGACGAUAAUGAUGCUCGAAAUCCAGCUUAUAUUCCACGUAAAGGGAAAUUUUAUGAACAUGAUGAUCGAACAAAUGAUGAACCAGAACAAGGAAAGCAAGAACCAGCAAGAAAUCGAAAUCGUCUCUAUAGAGAUUCAGAUGCUAAAUGGCAACAUGAUUUAUAUUAUGAUAAUGAAGAUGAAUCAAACACUCGUCAGUCAAAUUAUAGAGGACAAAGACGUGGUCAUUUCAGACGUGGUGGUGGCGGUGGUGGUGAUGAUCGAAAUCAAUUACAUUUAAAUGAUUAUAUUCCUCCAGCUCAAAGAGGACGAGGUGGUGGUUAUCGUCACCAACAAUAUUAUGAUGAAGGAAAUGAUUAUCGUCGACGAGCUCCACCAUAUGCUAAAUCACGCAAUGAUCGAAUGAAUAAUUUUGAAUUUGAAGAUUAUAAUCGUCCAUCGUCAUAUAGUAAUAAUCGUGGUCGUGGUAAUCGAAAUAAUUAUGUUGAACAGCAGGCACCACCUCGUAGACAAAGACGUGAUUUUGAACAAUAUCAAACUGAAGAACAUUCUAUACCACCACGUCAUAAUCAACAACAUGCAACAAUGGAACAAGCAUUUCAUCGUGAAAGAAAUUUUACUAAUACUCAAUUUCAACAACAACGUAAUGUACCAAAAAAUAAUAAUAAUCGUGAUGAUCAAAAACGAUCAACUGGACAAACGCAUGAGGUAAAUCAAGAUGAUAAUAAAAAUAAAAAUCGUAAUCAACGUCGAGAGAAUAAUGAACCACCAAGACGUCAAAUAAAAAAUAAUCGAAAUCAACAACAACAGCAACAACAACAGAAUGAACCUAGUGCUACGAAUUCAAAUCUCUCUGCUGAAGCGCCAAGUUUUGAACGUCCUAAACGUUAUUCAAAUAUGCGUAGUAAUGCUUCAAAUUCUGGCCAACAACAACAGCAACCACCACCGGUUCAACAACCUCAAAUACCAAUACAAUCCUAUCAAGAUCAACGUACUGGUUAUUAUGAUCAAACUCAUUGGCAGCAAGGACCACCACCUCCAACUACAUAUAUUCAACAACAACAGCAAAUGAUACCAACACAAAUGUAUCAUCCGCAGCAACCAAUCCCACCUCAAACUUUCUAUGUUCCUCCACAAUAUCAAGCAGCUGCACAAUAUGUUCCUAUAAAUUAUCCACAAGGAUCUAUACCUCCACAAAAUUGUACUAAUAGCUUUGUUUUAUUUUAUAAACAUUUUUAUUUCGUAGCUUCAAGACAAAUGAUGCCAAUAAUAAAUCAUCUGUUUUUACAAACAAUGAACAAUUGUUCGAUUUACAAUUUUCAUUAUACUUCAUAUUAA